AUGUCCAACAACAACAAGGUGAAGGGCCUCCUUAAAGGCCUAAGAUUCAUCUCUCAGAUAUUCGAUACUGAUGAAAAAGACUCGGAAAUUCAGAUUAGCAAUCCCACAGAUGUAAAGCAUGUGGCGCAUUUAGGUUCUGGUUCCUCUGAAAAUGAUCCCAGCUGGAUGAACGAGUUUGAAUCUGUCCCAUGGAAUUCAUCUGCACCCCAAAAUCUUAAUGGAGACAUUCAUAGCAAAAGAUCCGAUAAUUCAGUCCAAAGGACCUCUCACGAUUCAAUGGAAAGAGGUUCAAGGUCAGGGCAUAGUCAAAGUGAAGAGAAGGACUCACGUGAGUUUCCGAAAUCAUCCAAGCGGCAAACGAAAUCAAUGGGAAACAUAAGAGAGUCUCAUGCAAAGGAAAAGUCAGACCGGCCAAGGCCACCUAAAAAGUCAUCCAAACCUAAUUCACACCCAAAUGAUCCAUGCAAUGGGGACACAGAUUCACUCGAACAACAACAACAAGGGAGUGAUUUGUCACCUAAAAAAUCUCGCCCCAAGAUGUCAAAAGAUGGUUCCAAUGUUGGUAGUGGCUCAUCCAAAUCCAGAUCAAAACCCCAUCAUCAUCAUCAUCAUCAUCAUUCUAAGGACUCAAACUCCAAUAUUAAAGAAGUCCAUGCUAGACACAGUUCUAAGUCCAGGACCAAACACGGGUCCUUUGAAGAAGAUGCACAAACUAGGAACAAACACGGGUCCUUUGAAGAGGAAGAAGGACAAUUUCAAAGACGUUCUACUGAAAAUAUACUGAAAAGUUACCCAAAUUAG